CACCAACAGCUUGGGGAUCUUUGAAUCACUUGCUUUGACCUGUCAACAGGUGGCAGAAGGAGAGGUUUGGGGAGUGCUGUUCAGUCCUUCUGAGAGAAGAAAGGAAUAACUUGAAGGAGAAAGCAAAAAAAAAAAACCUCAAGGAAAUGACCACUGGACUUCUACAGAGGGCCUCGUGUCUGCUGGUCCUACUAUGCAUCGUGUCACAUUGUGUGAGCCUCACGGACAACCAGCCCAGUCCCUCAACCGCAGAGCAGGGAUUGACCUUCAGCCACGUCUAUAAGAUUGACAUCCCAGGGAGCUCUGUUGACACACUAGAAUGUCUGCAACCCAAGGACGAAGCAGGUCUGCAAACAGACGUCACAAAAAACGGAGAAAAUGAAAUCCUCUUUAAACACAACAUCCGUUUGCAAACACCAAAGUGUGACUGUGAGGAGUCAGAAAGUUUCAAGUCUCUCCUGUACAGAGUUAAUGGACUGGAAGAAGAAGUCCAAUACCUAAAGCUCCAGUGCGUCCAGGGAUGUUGUAAAACAGCAGGUGUGGACACAAGUUGUAGUGGCCAUGGCACUUACCAACAGGAAUCCUGCAGCUGCGUCUGUACCCCGGGAUGGGAAGGCCCUGAUUGCUCCGUUUCUUCCUGCCCCGACGAGUGUAACGACAAUGGCCGGUGCGUUGAUGGGAAAUGCGAGUGCUAUGAGGGGUACAGUGGCAAGGACUGCAGCCUGCUGACGUGCCCGAACAAUUGCAACGAUAAGGGACAGUGCGUGGAUGGAAAAUGUGUGUGCUUCUCACAUUUUACUGGCGAGGACUGCAGUACCCCAACAUGCCCUGAUAACUGCAAUGGCAACGGACGCUGUGUGAAUGGCCAGUGCGUCUGUGAUGAAGGCCUUUAUGGAGAGGACUGUUCCUCAGUCCUAUCACCUCAGGGUCUGCGGUUGGUCCAGCAGACUGACGUCUCGCUCCUGGUUGAAUGGGAAUCUGUUCGAGGGGCUGAGUACUAUGUGUUGAAAUAUUAUCCAAAAUAUGAUGAGGGUUCAAUGAAGCAGAUUCAGAUUCCCAACACAAAGAAUUCCUACCUCAUCACAGAUCUGACUCCAGGAGUAACCUACAUUGUUGAAGUGUACGCUGUCAUCAAACAGAUCCAAAGUGAAGCAGAGAUGAUUGAAGCCACCACAGAUGUCUCUACCAUUGAUGAUAUCCGAGUCCUUGGCCAGACGGAGAUCUCUAUCCUGGUGGACUGGAAGAAUCCACGGGCUGAAGUGGAUUAUUUUAGGCUGAAACACACGCAUCCAUCAGGGCAGGAAGAGGAGCAGAGUGUGCAGAGGAGUCAAGAGGCACGCACCAAACACACUAUUGUGGGUUUGUAUCCAGGAACAGAGUACCAAAUCUCUGUACAGGCCAUCAAAGGAAACAAUGAGGGAAAACCUUCCAUUGCAGCAGGAGCCACAGAUAUUGAUGCUCCAACAAACCUCAUCACCACUGACGUCACAGAAGAUACUGCAAUGGUCUCCUGGGAUCAGGUCCAAGCUCCGAUAGAGGGCUAUAUGCUGAGCUACACCUCUUCUGAAGGCAGCAGUGCAGACAUCCCUGUAGGCCGUGAUAGCAGUUCAUACAAGCUACUUGGCCUGAAGCCUGGCGUUCGCCACACUGUAUACAUCUGGGCCUACAGAGGAGACAAGGUCAGCGAGAAAGCUUCAACAGAAGCAGAAACAGAGAUUGAUUCUCCAAAGGACCUGAGGGCGUCUGACGUUACUUUGGAAACUGCUACUUUGACUUGGACUCCUCCUCUGGCAGACAUUGAUGGUUACAUCCUUACCUACAGAGAUGAGGGUCUGAUGGAGACUGUUGAAAAGCAGAUAAGAGGUAGCGGGAGCAGCUUUUUUGCUUCUAACUUGAAGUCAGGAAAGAAAUACAUUGUGACCAUCAUUGCAUAUAAAGGCAACAAGAGAAGCAAAGUUGCGGAGACCAUCUUCAAAACAGUUGGUGUUCUGUACCCUUUCCCAAUGGACUGUGUUCAGACCAUGAAGAAUGGGAAUAAGAAGAGUGGCAUCUAUAGUAUUUACAUCAACAAUGACCGGGAUAAACCAAUAGAGGUUUACUGUGACAUGGACACAGAUGGAGGCGGUUGGCUGGUGCUUCAGAGACGUAACAGUGGCAGGCUGGACUUCAUGAAACGCUGGAAGCAGUACAUUGCAGGCUUUGGCAACAUGACUGAUGAAUUCUGGCUUGGAAAUGAGAAGAUAUAUGAACUUACCAACACUCCAACUCAGUAUGAGCUGAGGUUUGACUUGGGCCUGGGUUCAGAGAGAGCUUAUGCUGUCUAUGACAGCUUUAAGAUUGGGACGGUGAAGCAGAAGUACAAACUUGCUAUUGGCAAAUACAAAGGAACGGCAGGUGAUGCAAUGACCUAUCAUCAGGACCGGGCGUGGACAACUGUGGAUUCAGAUAAUGAUAUAGCUUUGGGUAACUGUGCCCUGACCCACCGUGGUGCCUGGUGGUACAAAAACUGUCACCUGGCUAAUCUCAAUGGAAGAUGGGAUGACACCAGGCACAGCAUGGGAGUGAAUUGGAAACCGUGGAAGGGCUUCGAAACGUCCCUCGACUUCACAGAGAUGAAGAUCCGACCUGCAGGAGCCAUGUCCAGCAGCUAGAGAUGAUCGCUUGUUGGCACAGAGAAAAGUCAAUCUUCAAACAGCCUUAAAAAAAUGAAAGGAAAAGGUCUAAACCACAUCAGAUGCAAUCUCUUACAUUGACUUGUAAUCACACUAAGUUUUGAUCUUUCUGUACAUAUGUAGAUACAAACAACACUCUGCACUAUGUGUCUUACAAGUCUCCUUUCCCCUCGGUGCUUCAGAUCUUAUCUGCUUUAGGAGAAAGAAGGCAUAUUCAUUGGUGAUAAAUUGUUUUAAAUGAAAUCAGAAAUGCAAAAAUUUAGUGUGAUUAUUGGAAGCGGUUAAUUAAGAAACUAUAUUUUUUUCUUAAAUGUGUCUAAAUAGUAUUUGUAGCUUAUAUUGAGAUAACUGUUUUACAAAAAAUAUUCAUUUUAAGUCAAGAAUACAUUCAUGAAAAACAAAACAGAAUUUUUCUUCAAACAGUAGUAUUUCGGUCAAAAAUGAACUAAAAGCAUGAUGCUUUAAUGGACAUUUUUAGUCUUUUGAGUUUAAACAACUUUUAAACUCUUAGAUCUCAAAAGUAAUGUUAAGUUUUAUAACAGGAUUUUCAAAAACUCAUAUCCAACAUUUGUAGAACAUUAGAAAUCAUUAUUUUCUAUCAUUAUUUUCAUUAAGAAAACUUUCUUUUUUCUCUUCAGAUUUCCAAAAUGUUUUGACACAAAUUUUACUUACUGUUUGAACAUAGAUAUACUACAUAUUUAAAAUCAAAUGCCAUAAAACUGUAACAUUUCAGCUGAUUCUUCUUCACAAUGUUGAAAAGAAAUGGCAUGUAUUUUUCCUCUAAUGAUCUUCAUGAAGUGGCUUGAGGAUUUUUUUUUCCUCACCGCUGCAACAGUUUUACUACUUUGCAUGAAUGUGUUAAUAAAACGAUUCUUCUUUUGAGUUACAUCCCAGAAUAAAAAUAUGAUCGUCUUUGCUUCAAUUUCGCCUUAAAAAGCCACUACAUGGAGUCAGAAACAUUGCCUUAACUCUGCUUUCCAACUGAAAAAUUGAUUAUUUUUUCUUCAUUUUUUUCUCAACAUCAUGCUAAUGCAUUAAACUUUGCCUUUUCAUUCA